AUGGCGCUAUUCACCCUGGCCGUGGUCUGGCUCGUUGCCGUGGCCCUCUUGUCCGCACUCCAGCGCCGCUUCCAGACUUAUAUCCCUGUAUAUCAAGGGAAAGGGUCCCUCGCGUUCCUCAGCGUCGCCCAAGAUUUUGCGACGAAACCCAUCGGCUUGAUUCAAAAGGCGACAGAGCAAUGCGGCAACGUCUUCAGCAUCCGGGUCUUGUCCGUCUAUAAUGUCUGGCUGCGUGGGAAUGAACUCAACAAGAUAUACCUGGAUACGCGGGAAGAUGUAUGGUCCUUCAAGGCCGGCAUGGGUCUCUUCCUGAACAAGAUUGUCGAUCCUGGUUUCUGGGAGCACUACAGGGUCCUCCUGUCGUCUCUCAGUAAGUAUGUCAGCGGCGGGGCCGCCCAGGAGCAUGCCGCCGUCGUCUCGGUGGAAGAGACGCGCAAGGCUGCCGCGAAAUGGGCCACAGAGCGCGACUUUGAGCUCUUCGAUACCGUCUCCCUUCUCGUCCACAAGAUCACAGUCCGGUCCCUCAUGGGCGAAGACUUUUACGAGCACAAUGCGCAUGAGCUUUUUCAACUCCUGCAUGCCAUGGAAGCCGACAUCGGGAGCAUCCUCUCCUUUGUCUUGCCAGACUGGAUCCCGCACCCGCCUGCUCGACGGCUACGCAAGGCGCGUGAGCGCUUCAAGGAAAUCUUUCUUGAGCGUCUGCACGAGCGGAGCUUAGCGGGCGCCGAGAUGGCUCGGCCGAAGCAGGAUUACGUCGCUUUCACUAUGCAGGACAAAGCUACGGCCCCGUUGAAAUAUCUCAUGGCCAGCCACCAUACCAUUCUCAUGUUUGCCGCGCACACGAGCACGGCUGCCAAUAUUGCGUGGAAUAUCAUCGCCCUGCUUCGCCAUCCCGAUAUUAUGAACAAGGUGAGCGAGGAGCUGAGGUCCGAGCCAGAGGGCAACGAGUCGCUGCUCUUGCAAGCAUGCGUCAAGGAGACCACCCGGUACUACUGUGGGAUCAAGCUUCUCCGGCUCGCCUGCCGGGACAUGAGCAUCCCUGAAGCCAACGUCAAGGUCCCCAAAGGCGCGGUAGUCUCCAUCAGUCCGUAUUUAACGCACCGAGAUCCCGAAAAUUAUGCAAACCCUGAGGCAUGGGAUCCGCAGAGAUGGAUAGGAGAGGAUGGCGAGAUCAAACAGGUGGAAAACAAGAGCAACGGCGUCAAGUUCAUGCCAUUUGGCGGCGGCAGUCACCGAUGCGUGGGGGAGAAGAUGGCCAUAAUCAUGGUGACGAAAGCCGUGGCAACUCUUGUGAGGGAGUACGACUGGGGGUGGGCAAGCCCUGAUGUGCCCGACAAGACCGACUUUGAGAGUCUCGACUUUGGCAAGGUCGGGACGCCUUGGCUGCGAGGCGAUGUGAGGGUUCGGGUGAAGAAGGCUUGCUUGACGACUGCGACCUGGCGAGUGUGA